UUCCUUGUUGCUAUGGGAGCCUGGAGCAGGGCCCUGGCACAGUUACAGCCUGCGCUCCACUUCCUGCCAGUGACCAAUUUUUUGGGAGCGAUUAAGCCCUCACCAACAUUCUGGUUGCCUUGGCAACAGGGGUGUGUUGUCUUGGUGAUUGUGGCACUGCCAGGCAGCUGCUAGGGACGCGCGUUGGUUGCCCAGGAUGUCGCGACCGCAGAUCAUCCACAGCGGCCACUUCAUGGUGUCGGAGCCGCAUGCUGACCCCGAGCUGGACCCUGGGGGCAGGGCUGUGGUUGGGAGCAUGGCAGAGCAGGUGGGAGCUGUGGAGCCGAGGGCUGGCGGCUGGCGGGAGGGGGCUGGGGCGGGUGAGCAAGCCGCAGUGCCCUGGGACACCUACGACUUUGACACAGUCAACGCCUGCACGUGCCAGACCUACCGCUUUGGCCCUUGUAGCAGCGGCGCCCUCAGCAUCGACGCAUCCCUCACCAAGCUCUUUGAGUGCAUGACACUCGCCUACAGUGGGAAAAUUGUGUCCCCCAAAUGGAAAACGUUCAAAGGCCUGAAGCUUCUGCCACGUGACAAAAUCCGGCUCAAUAAUGCCAUCUGGAGGGCAUGGUAUCUGCAGUAUGUGGAGAGGAGAAAGAACCCUGUGUGCAAUUUUGUGACGCCGCUGGAGUGCAGUGUCGGGGAUGACCAUCGCAAACCAGAGCCCCACCCUGCCCUUGCCUUGCAGGCCGUGAUCAUGGAAGGGAAGUACUGGAAGCACCAGAUCGGAGUGGUCAUUCGAGAGUAUCACAAGUGGCGGACAUACUUCUGCACACGGGUCCAGAAGAAGAAAGAUAAACCUGAGUCUUUAUCCACCCAGGAAGCGGCUCAUGCCAUCCAGGGCGAGGGGCUGAGCAGUGAGGCCAAGGGCAGUUGCCCCAUGGAGCUCGACCUGGACACCCUGGACAGCCUCAUCUCUGACCUGGCCGACACCAUCUUCUACAGCCGCAACCCAUAUGGGGGGCCCAACCCCCGCAGCCUUGCUCACCAAUUCAACGCGGACAUGAUUCAGCCCACCCUGACCCAGCUGCACCCUAACUUCGGAGAGGAUUUCAUGGACACCCUGGACCCCAUUCACGAUUUCUUUGCUGCUUGUCGCCCCCAGCCUGUAACCCAGGCCUCCACGCUGCUGCCAGCUGCUGCCCCACAGGGCUCUCUGUCCAGCGCUUGUGACCCAGAUGUGACCACCAGCACUAAGGAGCUGCCUCUCCACAGGGGCUCCCUCACCCCCCUUUCCUUUCCCCUGGACCUGGAGCCCCUGACACCCCUGAACGGACACCAGACCUUCCUGCCGCUCUUUCCCACCUCUCCCCUGCGGGUCAGCCCCCCCCCGCCAGGCCCUCCCACGCAGCACCCCCAACCCACCGUUGUCUUCUCCGUCAUCACCCACACGGCUGCCGAAAAGCCCCCUUCACCCACCCAGCACCCUCCUUCCCCCGAAGGCACCUUUGCCAUGCCUGUGUCUGGCCCCCUGCCCAACAGGGCAAAAUCCCGGCAGCUACAGCACAUUGCCCCAGCGCCCACCGCCAGCCACCCCCCGGCAGCCCCCAGUGCCUUCCUUACCCACCUGCUCAUAGCAGGCCCAUCAACACAACCUCUCGCUCCAGCCAGGGACUCUUCCCAGGUCAGCACCCCCGUAGAGCUUCCUGCAGGUGUCCUGCUGAUGGAGAAGCCCAUCCACCCUUGCUCUGUCACUGCCUCCUCCAGCACUGAUGCCAAGUCUGAAGAUAGAGCUGAGCACAGGGGACCCCAUGCUUCCCACCAGCCCUGCAGCCUCCCCAGCACCAAGGGCAGCCGAAGAGCUGGCUUUACCUCUGCUGACCACGCCCGGCGCAUGAACAUCAGCUGCGCCUUCGACAACCUUGCCAGCCUCGUGCUGCCGGGCUUGGCCCAGCCCAGCAUCAAGCUCAGCAAGGCCACGCUGCUGCAGAGAAGUGUGGUGUAUGUGGGGCGGCUGCAGCAGGAGCGCCGUCAGGUGCAGGAGACAGCCCGGCGCCUGCGGGGUGAGAUUGAGGAGCUGAGUGCUGCCAUUGGGGAGUUCCAGCGCCAGCUGCCCCCCAGCGGGGCCCCAGUGACCCCUCCACGCUUAGACCACAUGGCCCAGCUAUAUGAUGACUACGUGCGCCAGCGCACCCUGCAGAACUGGCGCUUCUGGCUCUUCAGCAUGCUCAUCAAGCCACUGUUUGAGAGCUACAGGGGAGCAGUGAGCACCCACAGUGCCAAGGAGUUCUGCCAGUCGGUCCUGGGCUGGCUGGAGCAGCACUGCACCCUGCCCAUGCUGCGCCCUGCUAUCUCCAGCUCCCUCCUGCAGCUCAGCAAGCUCACGGCCAUCCUGACCCAGCCCUCACGCCUCCCUGAGCAGGCCCUGCAGGCCGUCUGCCACCCCCCACACAGCAAGGGCCAUAGCUAGUGGACCCUAUGGUGCUGCGUGAGGACGUCCCGACGCUGCCCACUUGGCGGAGAAGAGAGGACACAGACAUCUUCGACUCCUGGGUGGUGCCCCAUCCCACCAUGGGCCCAGAAGCGUCUGGAUGGACAUGUGGGUGCUACAGUGGGACCUCUGUAAUAGAACUAGCAGAGGGAGGCUGAUUGAUCCACAGAGAAGGUGGAAUUGGGGGGGCUCAUAGCUGGGCAUCCCUGGAGAGGGGCAUCCCUAGAGAGCAAAAUGGGGGGGAGGGGUGCCUCAGAGCUGGGAAUGGCUUUAGCCCCCACUGACAUGGCAAUGGGGGUGGCUCUGAACUGGAUUCCCCUGAAGCACUCGGGCAUCUCUCCGAGCUGGGGAUUCCCCUAUACGCCUCUAGUGAAGGGGAGCUGGAGGAUGAGUAGAGGGUCCCCUUUAAGCACCCCCCCCGUGGGGGAUGCUGGCAGGUCGUGGCUUUGUUUGGACAGUGACAGCAGGAGUUGUAUUAAACCCCCAGCCUAUGGGACUGGCCAGUG